GGCUGGAGCCGCCUCAGCCUCCAGACUCAUGGGCCCGGGGCGCCGCACCCAGUCCCUGCGCGGGUCCCGCUCCUCCUACGGCAAGCUCCAGGAGCCCUGCGGGCGAUGCUCGGGGGGCCGCCUGCGCCGGUCCCUGAGCCUCAGGGAGCGGGGUGAGAAACACAGGCCCGUGGAUGCGAGCCCCGACACCCCCGCUCCGGAGCGGCUCCCCGGGGCACUGGGGGACACCGAGAAGCUGAUCGAGGAGCAGCACCGAGGCGGCCGGCGGUGGCUGAAGUCUUGCCAGCAGGUCAAGAGGCGCUGGGAGAGCUUCGUGGCCAGUUUCCCCGGCGUGACCCUGAGCCGGCCAGUGUCCCCGGAGCCCCCGCUAGACGCCACCAGCUAAGGAAGCUGCAGCUGCGCCCGGAUGCGACGUCUCGGACCCUUGCGGACGGUGACUGUGGACAGCUCCGACGCUCGUGGCCGCCUCGCUCUGCUUCCCGGUCACUUCUGUCCCCUGUGUGCCCUCACCCACGCCCACGGUGGCACGUAUGACGUUCUCAGAUUACCGAACUGUCCGCAGAGCGGGGAGGGGGGCCUGGUCCCAGUGCUGCCCAGCUUAACCAUCUGGAAAGGAGGUGCAUGAAGUCAGACGUGGCUGAGAGCUCCCAGCACGCCCUGGGGUGCCCCCACGGUCCAUGAGCCCCUGCAGGACCGACGUGCACACUGUCUGCUGCUCCAUCUUCACGCCGUGAAGGAAGAGGGAUGACGAGCAAACCUGGCCCUGGGCAGGAAUUAUUGGAUGCUUCACCCUGAGUCACCGCUGGGGCGGGAUGC